CCCUUUAUUAAACGACUACUGGACAAAAAAAAUCACUCCUUGGGGGUCGUUUGACUAUGCUUCACCACUCUGGUGAAUUGGGAUUGGUGACAUAGGGAUAGGUUCAGAGAUCACUGGCCAAUGAUGUUACCAGUGGCAGGGAAUCAAACUCAGGUGGCGGGGUGCAUCGCGCAGUGCGCUUAACCACCUCAAGGUUAUUGUGUCACGAUGCGUGCGUUGGUGCUGCUAUUAUUAAUACGGGCCUCCAUCACCACCCUCAUCACCAUCACCACCGUCACCAUGGCAACAGUAACCCCAGCGGGCCGCGCUGCGCGUGCGUGAUUCCCACACAUUCAAUUCCCUAGUUCGGAUAAGCAUCACCCGCUCCGCACGGAGUCUGCGCGGCGGAGCCUGGCGCUGAACGCGAUUGGUCGGACAAGCAAGACGGACGGGAGUCCGCCACCAAUGAGGGAGCCGCUGUUGCGCAUAGGCGCUGGGAAAUAUAAAGCGGCGCUUGGAGGCGUCCAGGUCCUGAAUGCGGCCCCGGGGGGUCACCGGGUCACGGGGCUCGCCGCGGGCCACGGAGUGCGGCGUUUGCUGGACCGACCCCGCUCGCUCAUCGUUACCACCGUUAACAGCAGCAACAGUGCAACGAUUCGACGUAAUUUAAGUGGACAACCCUUAAACAGAUAGUCUUACACUGAUAACAUUUAAUAUAUUUUUUUAUACAAACACAUUUGCACUGGCGUCCACCCACAACGCAAGCAUGUCUACAAAAGCUGAGCAAUUUGCAUCAAAGAUUCGUUACCUUCAAGAGUACCACAACCGAGUGACUCACAAUAUCUACCCUGUACCCACGGGAACAGACAUAGCAAAUACUCUAAAGUACUUCUCACAAACACUCUUAAGCAUUUUGGUUCACACGGGCACGGAGGGCGUGCGGGCUGCUCCCGCGCCUAGUCCCAGCCUUACGCUGCCCGUGCCCCUGUGCCUCUUUCCCAUGCCAUUUCCCACCACCCCACCCUCUGCCACCUCCCCUUCCUCCCCACUCCCUCCCACCCGCCCGAAACACCCGUCCGUGACUGAGUCCCUCCUUUGCAGCGUUCUGCGCGACGUCGCUUUCGACUGCGCCCAGCAGAGCCGUGAUGCGCGGCUGGCCGAGUACCCCUCCCUUGACUACCAGGGGCUCUAUGCCACCCUAGUCAGCCUCAUUGAUCUGGUGCCUAUGCUGCAGCAUGGUCAGUAUGAUCUUGGCCAGUCCAUAUUUUACACGAUGGCUUGCCUGGUUCCCUUUCUAAAUGACGACACGCUGAGUACUCUGCCCUACACCAUGGUUUCCACGUUGGCUACGUUCCCUGCUUUUCUGCACAAGGACAUCCUGGACUUCAUCAGCUCCACGUUCCUCCCUAUGGCCAUGCUGGGACCUUUCAAGAGGGAGGGCAUUCCUGCUUACGUGAAUGUGUCUGCUUCCUCCAUGCUAAUGAUAGCAAUGCAGUACACAAGCAAUCCAGUCUAUCACUGUCAACUGCUGGAAUGCCUUAUGAAGUAUAAACAAGAAGUAUGGAAGGACCUGCUGUAUGUAAUAGCGUAUGGCCCAGCUCAAGUCAAACCACCUGCUGUGCAGAUGCUUUUUCAUUAUUGGCCAAACUUGAAGCCACCUGGGGCCAUCAGUGAGUACAGGGGGCUGCAGUACACAGCUUGGAACCCUAUUCAUUGCCAGCAUACUGAAUGUCACAAUCCCAUCAACAAACCUGCAGUUAAGAUGUGCAUGGACCCCUCACUUGCUGUCACACGGGGGGACAAGCCCCCUCCGCUUUACCUGUGUGAAGACUGCUCCCAGAAGCUGCCCAGGGAGCAAUCUGCAUGGCUGUUUGACGUGUUGUUUCCUCAGGCUGAAAUAUCAGCUAUUUGUCAGAAGAAGAACUGCAGCUCACACGUGAAGCGUGCGGUGGUGACGUGCUUCUCCGAGGGCUGCUGCAAGCGCUUCGGCAACAAGCCAGUGCGCUUCUGCCGGCGCUGCCACCACAGCCACCACAGCGGGGAGGGGGCGGCCGGCGGGGAGCCCCACCUCUACCAGACGUCACCACCGCCCAUUAACACACGCGAGUGCGGCGCUGAGGAGCUUGUGUGCACCGUGGAGGCUGUCGUCAGCCUGCUGAAGGAGGUGGAGUUCCACGCGGAGCAGCGCGAGUACGAGAUGAACCACCGCAGGCAGGCGGGCGUCGCCUCUUCCCAGCACUCGCUCGACCACACGGAAACCGAGACCAAGGACGACCUUCGACAUGAUCAACGGCUACUCAGCCAGUUCGCCAUCUGGCUCCUGCUGAGCCUGUGCACCCCGAGCGAGAACACGCCCACCGAGAGCCUGUCGCGGCUUGUGAGCAUGGUGUUCCAGUGGUUCCACUCGACGGCCUACAUGGUGGAUGAUGAGGUGGGCAGCUUGGUGGAGAAGCUCAAGCCUCAGUUCGUCACCAAGUGGCUCAAGACGGUGUGCGAGACACGCUUCGACGUCAUGGUCAUGUGCCUGCUGCCCAAGCCCAUGGAGUUUGCCCGGGUGGGUGGCUACUGGGACAAGUCGUGCAGUGUGGUGAGCCAGCUGAAGGAGGGACUCACGCGCAUCUUGUCGCUCAUCCCCUACAACGUGGUGACGCAACCCGUGUGGGAGUGCAUCAUGCCCGAGUGGCUGGAGGCAAUCCGCACCGACGUCCCUGAGAGCCACAUCAAGGAGUUUCGCGAAGUGCUCAGCAAGAUGUUUGACAUCGAGCUGUGCCCAUUACCGUUCUCCAUGGAGGAGAUGUUCGGUUUCAUCAGCUGCAGGUUCACCGGUUACUCUGCCUCCACGCAAGAACAAGCCCUGCUCUGGCUGCACGUCCUGUCAGAAUUGGACAUCGUGGUGCCACUGCAGCUGCUCAUCGGCAUGUUCUGCGACGGAGUGCACUCUAUCCAGGAGUUGGCCAAUCAGCGCAAGGCUCGAGCCAAUGAGCUUGCAGGCAGCCUGGCUCAUCGCAGAGUGAGCGUGCUGUCAGACCCGGGAAGGAGAGGCCAGCUGAAUGCUCCGAGCCCCUUCCACAGUCCGUUCCGAAGCCCGUUCCGCAGUCCCUUCAGGAGCCCAUUCCGCAGCCCCGUGCGGACCCAGGGCCAGGCCACGGGCAAGACAGCUGACUACGAUACUGAUGACGAGGACCUCAACCUCUCCUGCUACAUCCUCAUGAUGGACCUCAUCCUCAAGCAGAUGGAGCUGCAGGACGAGGGCAUCGUGCUGGGCCUGGAGCACCAGCUACCGCGGGACAUCCUGUGCCUGCUGGACAGUGUGCUGCAGGCGCCAUGGGGAGGCACGCACACAUGCCGCGGAGAGGACCGCGCAGUGCCCGAGUGCUCGUUGUGCCAGGCUAGCGCCCUCUUCUACCAGCUCUCCUUCCAACUGCUCGAGCUCCUCCUGCCCAAUGAUGAGACAAUCCUUUCCGAGACCCCGGAAAGCCUGGAGGAGAGCCUCUUGCUGCGCACGCCCAAUUUAUCAGCCAGGGGCGAGGGAGAGGAGAAGCAGGAUGGCAGAAAAGGGGACCUGACAGAGAAUCCAUCAGCUGGUAAAACAGAACCGAAGGAGUCCGGACAAGAAAACAAGAAGAAAGGGGAGCUCAAGUUCAACCUGCAGCAGCUUCCUGUCACCCUUAAGCUCAUCUUCACUCUGCUGCAGGAAAUUAAAAAGUUUGAGGACCCAGACAUCCUGGUGAAUAUGUUCAACUGCCUGCGGGUGCUGUGCCUGCGCGGGGGCGUCCUGUACCAAGCCAAGAAUGCGCAUCCACAUUUCCUUGCCUACAUUCAGGAUUGCAUGCUUAUCCCAAGCCUGUGGCAGGUGAUGAAGACGGAGUUCUCGCAGCUUCCUGCGGUGGCGGCGCCGCUGCUGCUGCACACACUGUCCUUGCCGCACGGCGGCGACGUCUUCUGGGGUAUCAUUGAGCGCAGCUUCAACAGCAAGGAGUGGAAAGUGCGCUUCGAAGCAGUGGAGAAGGUGGCGGUGCUGUGCCGCUUUCUGGACGUGGCUGCAACAGCCAAAAGCCACACACUCAAGUAUUCGAUGGCGCAUGCCUUUUGCUGCUACCUGGCAGCCGUGGAGGACGUGAGUCCCGCUGUGAGCACCAGCGCUCAACUCCAGCUUGACACCAUCAAGCGCUCCGCCCUGCAGUGCCUGUGCGCAUGCAUGGACUUCCAGUUUGACACGGUGGUGAAGGACCGGCCCACCAUCCUCAGCAAGCUGCUGCUCCUGCAUAACGUGCGGCCGGACAUCCCCGCACUCAGCUGGGAGUUUUUUGUCAAUCGCUUCGACACGUUGUCACUCGAGGCUCAGCUCCACCUGGACUGCAACAAGGAGUUCCCCUUUCCCACCACCAUCUCGACGGUGCGAACGAACGUGGUGAACAUGAGCGACGCGGCUAUGUGGAAAAUCAAGCGUGCGCGCUUCGCCCGCAAUCGUCAGAAGAGUGUGCGCUCGCUUCGUGACAGCGUGAAGAAGCCGGCGGAGUCCAAGAGGACACACUCGCUGCCGGAAACCCUGACACACAGGCUCCCUUUACGGAUCACUCGCCAUCAGCAGUCCGCUCCAUCACUUGGGGAGAUGAUUAAGCAUGUUUUACCUGGUGGCAACCUGGCGGUGGGAGACGACAUCACCAUCUUGGACCCCCUCCCGGAAGACGCACGCAUCGACCAUCAGACCGUGCACCACCUCAUCACGGUGCUUACCAAGUUCAUGGCCAAGGAGCGCAGCACCUCGGAGACCGACGUGGCAUCCGCCAAGGCCUUCAACACCGUCAAGAGACACCUGCACGUGCUGCUGGGCUACGACCAGCAGGAGGGCUGCUUCAUGGUGGCUCCCACUAAGAUGCGCAGCAGCACCUGCUUUAAUGCCUUCAUGACCGGCAUUGCGCAGGUGCUCGACUGUAACAUCAGCCUGGGCCGGCAGCUGCUGCCACUCGUGCUGCAAGUGCUGAAGUAUGGUGCCUGCCCUCAGCUGCGCCACUACUUCCAGCAGCCGCCGCGCUGCUCGCUCUGGUCCCUGCAUCCGCACACGCGGCAGCUCUGGCUCCGUACUCUCAUAGUCAUCCUCUACAAGUACCCCUACAAGGAGCCGGACACAUGCAAGGUGGUGCUGCAGCUGAUCUAUGUGGUGGUGAACACGCUGGAUGCCCAGUACCACAGCUGCAAGCCGCACCCCACUGCAGGCCCCCUCUACAGCGACAACAGCAACACGAGCAAGUACAGCGACAAGGAGAAGAUGGAAGAAGACAGCGUGUUUGAUGAGUCUGAUGGUCACGAAACACCCACACGAGCAAAAGAGUCCCAAACAUUCCUGGCAAAGCUCAAGAAGAUGGGAGGAUUGAAGAAUACCAAAUAUCAGCAAGUUGAUAUGCUACCUCAACGGAAUUCAGACAUAGAGCUAUCACAAUACAAAGAUAAAUGUUCCCUGCACGACAUGCUAAAGUCUCAGUCAAGCCCCUCGCCAAAAACCCAGGAGGAGCUGCUUUCAGUGUCCAUCUCAGUGCCAUCCAUGAGUUCAUCCAGCAAGAGGCUCUUGCGGCCCAAGCACAGAUCCAUGGAGCACAGGAGCACAUACUCGGAGCCACUCCACCCAGCCCUGGUGGAGUGCCACAGGAGGUCCUUCUCCGCCAGUCCAGAUAUUGAAAGACGCUUCCUGCCAUCGUCCAAACACCACGACGCCAGCCAGAACUCCUCGCCCGACAGCCAGAUAUUUGUGUCUCACCACAGGGGAGGCGACGAGCACGUGACAGCGGCGGCCAAGGCGAAGCAGAUGACGAAAAGCAUCACGCCCGACAUCAGGCUCAGUUUUCUGGAUGUGCCGGAGGUGAAGCUCGAGGACAUUGAGGAGUUUGAAGCGGAGAACAGAAAGGAUGGCGAUCUGAUGAGCAUCUCGCCUGACAAGGCGGUCACGGCCGCUUUGGAAAAGCUGUCGAUGAUCACAAGCUCCGACAGCGAUUCGCUCACAUUUGAUCUUCUCCCGCCGUUGCAAAUCAUAGAGAGCGACGAUGAGAACGAGCCGGGAGAACGGAAGCCUUUGAAGGGUAUGGACGCCCAAGGUCAUGGCCCCAAGGUGACACCUGUGGUGACGGUGAACAUCGAGGACUGCACCGGAGAGGUUUCCAUCAGGGUGCCCGACAGCACCGCUUGGCUGCAGCCUCCGAGCGCGGCAGACUUUCCCGCGAUCCCAAGCGCGACGUCAGAGUGCCUCGAAAUCUUCAGCUGCGGCGCGGACAGCCCGGCUUCAACGAGCACGUCGGACAGGGACAACGGUGCCAGCGCGAAGCAGAAAACCAAGAGGGGCCCGCUCGAGAAGCACACGGCGGUGCAGGAGACCCCCCCCGACGAGAGCCCCGCCAACGGCAUCGACGGUGAGAGGGAGCGCACGCCGUCCUGCGCUGUCGCGGAAGAUGAUCGAGAGGCCGAAACGACCGAGGCAACCAUAGAAGAAGGUGACCUCAAGGAGGGUGAGGAAGAGGAGGGGGAAGAGGGAGAAUUCCGCAUUCAAAUUGUUCCCCGGCAGAAGAAGGAGCGGAAAAUCGCAGUCAGCGCCAUUCAGAGGGAAUACCUGGACAUGCCCUUCAGCAUGCCGCAGCAGUCCAUAGACAUCGACGAUGGAGAUGUUCCGGGCCCUGCUGUAGGUGGUCCCCCAACGCUGGAUUUGCCUCGGGAAAGUACCUCUGCACAGUCAUUUGGAACGGCUGCAUCAGCUGAAAGCAGUCAAUCUCAUUACAAGCCAAUGAAGCGUGCUUCUCUGGGCGUUCUGACACUGCAGCAGCCACUAAGGCAGCAGCUGGAACAGCAGGGAAACAGUCCGCAGCCCCUCGGGGCCUGGGAGGCAGGCACCAAGUACAGCCUGGUGUCAGCUGCCAGCAUCCCCAGCAUGUUUGUGCCGGUGCCAGAGGAGUUCACGGACGAGCAGCCGACCCUGGCAACGGACAGGUGCCACGACUGCGGUGCCAUUCUGGAGGAGUACGAUGAGGACACGCUGAGUUUGUCCAUCGUUACACUGUCCACCUUCAUCCACCUCAGCCCAGAGGUCGCCGCACCCCUGCUGCUCGAUAUGCUGCAGUCUGUCGGCAGGAUUGCAGCUGAUGCACUUUAUCCCUCUCAGAAUGAAAGACUGGCAUCCAGUGCGACGUAUCCAUGGCAAACAGAGAGUGUGGUGAUUCCGGGUAAUGCACCUGGCGUCGCCAAGCAGUUUCUGCGCUGCGUUUUCCACCAGCUCGCUCCGAAUGGCAUCCUGCCACAGCUCUUCCAAAGCAACAUCAAAGAUACAAACUUCCUAAGAACGCUCUCGUCAGCCCUGUCUGACUUUUCAGAACUCAGCUCGCUUGCUGCCCUGAACAUUCUCCUCGAGGGCCUCAAUGGCAAGAAAAACCUGCCGAUGGGCGGAGCAAUGCUCAGAUGCCUCGACAACUUGGCCACGUUCAUGGAGGCAUUGCCCAUGGAGUCACCCAGCAACCUGUGGGCUGGCAUCUGUAACCACUUCCAAACCUUUUUGCCCAAGUUAUCCUCAGUCCUGCCUGUCAAGUGCUGCCUGGACUCUUGCCUGCGGAUCAUGAUCAGUCUCCUUAAGAUCCCUGCAACCGUCGCCACACGGAGUCUGCUUGAACAGUUUUCUAAGCUGCUCAGUUUUGUGAUCCAAAACUCCAACUUUAAUCUGGCUUAUGUCAUGGAACUCUGCGCCCUUUGCUACAAGGGAUUUACAAAGGAGAGAGACAAGCUCUAUCUGACUCGGAGUGUCGUUCUUGAGCUGUUACAAGCACUGAAGUUCAAGUCCACCUUGCAGGACACAAACAUUCUCUACCUUGUUCAGUUCAUUUGCUCGGAUGUAGGCACGAGGUUGGCAAGCUCCUUGAUCCUCCAGAAAAAUAUCAUCAACAACUUACCAACAUGCCAGACGGCUGCCAUGGAGUGCGUCAGGCAGUACCUGAUGGACAUUCUGGACUUCAUCGCCGAUCUGCAUACACUAACCAAGCUCAGGACGCACAUGAAGGCAUGCGCCCAGAGCUUGCAUGAGGACACAUUUGGCGGCCAGCUCAAGGUGGGGCUGUCGCAGGUGGUGGCGAUGGAGAUAACUCGGGGAAAUCACCGUGAUAACAAGGCGGUUAUGCGCUGCCUGCCCUGGCUCUUCCACCCACCCUCCACCAUGCAGCAAGGACCCAAGGAGUUCAUAGAGUGUGUGUCACACAUUCGCCUGCUGUCGUGGCUGCUGCUUGGCUCGCUGAACCACCUGAGCGUGAGCUCCCCGAUGGCUCCGGCCUGUACCCCCAUCCCGCUCGACGCUGGGCCCCACGUGGCCGAUCACCUCCUCGUCAUUAUCAUGGGCUUCUCGGAGCACUCCAAGGCCUCGGUGGUCCACAUGUCGUCGCUGUUCCACGCGUUCGUGUUCGCUCAACUGUGGACAGUGUACUGCGAGCAGCUCGGUGGACCCGGCGGUGGGACGCCCACGCUCAACGAGGCCGGCUCGGCUGCGGCGCUCACUGCCAUGGAGUUCUGGAGCCGCGUCACUCCCGGCAUCCUGCAACUCAUGGCGCACAACCGCACCGUACGGCUGGUGGAGAUGGUGAGCCUGCACGUCAUCAGCCUCAUGGAGGCCUUGCAGGGCUGCAACUCCAGCAUUCUCGUCAAGCUUCUGCCCAUGUGGUUACCGAUGAUCAACUCCAACUCUAAGCACCUGUCGGGAGGCCUUCGGCUGAGGCUGCAAGCCGUCCAGAGCCGUGUGCGUUCUCCGGGCGUGGGGCUGGCCGGCCCGUCGCCCUGCCAGCCGGCCUCCGCGCCCUUCUCCAACGCAUUUGGUUGCAUGUCGGCCGAACGCGGGCCUCCCCACCUCCAGCAGUGGCUCCGAUGCACGCAGUUCAAGAUGGCGCAGGUGGAAAUGCAGUCGUCUGAGGCGGCGUCGCAGUUCUACCCACUGUGAUGUGCCAGUUCGGCAAGGGCAGCGGUAGCGGCCCGCUGCAAUUGAACGCUUUCCUGCACCCUGCCACCAACGUUCUGCCAGUCGGGCAUGCUGUGUAGGGUGAUUGUAAUAUUUUUUUUUUAUUUGUCUGCCAUUUCUGAAUUUUGAUUAAGUUUUUUUUUUUCGUCAAAUUUCAUCCUGAUCAUGCUUUCGGGGUAAUGAGAUUCAUCAUCAUGAGAUGAAGAAUCCAUUUGCAUCUCUGAAAAGCGUAAAAUGUUAUUCUAGAGAAUGACCCACGGAAGCAGAUAUUACAGAUAUUACGGAACUGCUUCUAAGAUCUGCUUCUAAAGUUUACCCCCAAAAUACUCAAUUGGCAUUAGACAGAACAACAACGCCUCGUACUGCAAAAUGUCUGCGGACUGUGAAAGAUAACACCUUCGCGAUAGCCGUGCGCUAUAAUCAUGGCACAAAUAUCAAAUGUCCAAAUUAUUUUAUUUGACGAUUUGAUUAUUAAAAACACUAUCAGGUGUUCGCAAUGUUGGUACCUUUCUAAUUACUGUCUCCGCACGCUUAUUGUACCACUGCGGACUGAACUGCUGUGUUAAUAAUAAGCGCUUGCACAGAUAACUAUUGUGUGCCAGGGAGCUGCUUGUGGUGCAAGACUUACGUACAACUGGAUCUUUGUGGAGAGGUCUGCAGAUGUUUUUGGCUCCUAGGGGUUUACAAUGUUUGUAGUGGGGUAGCUAUCGAGUGUGCAGGUGGUGCAAGUGCACUGGGGCCCGUGGGCUGGAUGGGGCUCUGGUACUGGGCCACGUUAAGGAAGGCAGGCAGCCCCCCCCCCCGUUUCAUUCCUUGCACCAGGGUCAAAGCCAAGCACUCCACACUACUGACUGUGAGUACCAUGCAGUGCUUUUUUCAAGGAUGCAAUUAGUGUCUGUAUUCAACUAUGCCUCUACAAUGUAGAAAAGGUACGUGGAAAGUAAAAUGUUGUUAAUCUCUUAAUGUGUCUGCAUUGAUUUUAAACCUCCUGGUAGCCGAUCGUGCUAUUGGCAAUGUCUGGAGCAUGCCAUUGUGAGUACUCUUAUGUGAUUUGAUGGCUAUCAAUGUGUUCUUAUUGGUGGAAGUUUUUAUUUUAGAAUUAAGAACAUCACACGUGCCGUAAUGUUUAUACAUCGUUUAAGCCGAUGUCACCAUUCAGAUGCUUUGUUUCUUCUAAAGAAAUACCAAAUAUAUAUUGAUGUUUAAAUGGCAAUUGUCGUUAAUCUACAUUCCUCUGUUUGACAUUAAAGUAAGCUGAACGUGUGCGUUUUACUUUUCUGCGUGUAUCAUUUGUCAUAGUUUUGGGCAAUGUACAAGCUGUCUGUGAAGGUAGAAUCCAUUCUUAAAGAAUCAUAAAUGGCAGUUGAAAGAGUUAGGAUGGAGUCUUUUUUUCAUUUACAGAUUUGAAUUUUUGCAUUUUAGGUAAGUGUUAAUGGGGUCCCCAAAGUGUUAAGUUCUCUGACUGUACUGUACUGAUGAGUCAUAACGAGGAUGAAACCAGCUAGGGUUAUUUCUUUGUGUCACUGCCUAUGGUGGAGGUGACCACAAAUUUUCAACUCUUUGAGUUCGUAGUUCAAACGACAAAGUGGCCACACAUUCAGUUUUGUUCAGUAAGUGGUCUGAUAAGGCUGAGAGCUCUUCUACAUGCACUGCACACCUUUAUUGUAAAAUCUGUUGGUUGCAUUGAGCGGCUGAAAUGUUGAAAAUGUAUUCAUAGUAGACUUACAGUCUUUAAACGGAAAGGCUUGAGUGAUCUUCAACUGCACAUAACUGAAGCUCUUGAAACCAUCGCGUCUGAGAUGCUAGCGAACACCUGGGAUUGAUUAUAAUCUCUCACGUCUCGAUACAACGCGCGUCGCCAACGCCACGGCGGGUACGUGGUGCUUUCGUAGAAAUGAGACUUGCACACAAAAAAAUAUCUGUCCUACCAAGCGUGCGUGUAGUUGUAUCUGUCCACCGUGCUCAAGCUGCUGUCUCGUUUUAUAUUUGUAUGGAGAUUCUGUACUUUUGAGGCCACUUGCCUUGCUGGGAUCGUGUUGUGCUGUGACAAUUCUACAAUGGCAACUUGUAGUGUGUGUCCAUUGGCAUGAUAUGCAUAAGUCAUGGAAUUAAUUCCUUGUGGCUUUUAGAGUGUUAUACUGUAGGCAUCCGUAAAGGAUCCGUAAGGGAUCCGUAAAGGAUGCCUACAUGGAUGCCUAAAGGAUGCCUACAUCAUCAGAGGGAGCUCUGGAAAAGUUGUCUUAAUGGAUUUUUUGGCCUAUUAUUCCAUGCUAAAUGGUGUUUAUCUCCAACAACUAAGAAAACUGGACAAGCAUUGUAGCAUUGAAUGCUGUUUUCAAGUCCACAUUUUUACAGAUUUUUGUUUGUCUGCGCUCAUCCACAACAUUUGCUGGCCAUUGCAAAUGCGACAGUAUUCAUGGUGCUGUAAGUCAUAUCAAUAAAUCCUGAAAAUCA